ACAGUCAGUAAUGCCAACCUAACGCACAGCCUCUUUGAUAGAUGUCAGAGGUAAAAUAAGUGUGAACGGACUGUGUGAUGAAUUAUGAAGCAUUUGAUUUUGACAUUUUUGACACACCUAUCAAAUUGUAAAUCAUAUAUGUAAACAAAAAAGGAUAAGCUAUUCAGAUAUGUCUCUAUUGCAAAAAAUAUCUUAUAAAGAAUACAAAUACGCAUCUACACUUAGUAUAGAAAAAUGUGAAAUCAUAGCAAAAUUAGCUGACCUGAAAGUGCCUUUCAAUGAUAGUAAAAAGCCAGGCGAAUUACUGAUAAAAUAUCUCGAUCGAUGUGGCUGUUCUUUACAACAAUAUAAAAGUCUUAUCAACUCGGCCCUUAAUACAAAAACAAUAAUUACAUAUUACCAUCCACUUUCAAAAGUAGCCAUACUCAUAGCAAAUGAAAAAUAUGAACAUUUGUCUAAAUUAGCGACACCAUCCGUAGAUUGUGAUUCAUUAGCAUGUAAUCUAAGAAAUCUUGGUUUUAUCACAAUUACCAUAAAAAACACUAAAAUAUCUGAUUUAAAGGAUAUGAUAGCCAAAAUAAUUCUAACAGUACCUGAAGACUCUUACUGCUUCAUUUUUUAUGCAGGCCAUGGCUGUGAAUUAUGCAACACAAAAUGUAUACUUGGUAUAGAUUGUCCCACAGAAAAUAUAAAAUUUAGUCACUGUAUCACUGAAAAUUGGCUGUUAAGAGAGGUAGCAAAAUGUAAGCCAGAGACAUGUAUUCUUAUAAUGGACAUGUGUCGGAUUAAUUUAGAUAGGUAUACGAAUUCCAGCAUAUAUGCAUCAAUGUCAGAUUUGGAAGAUUAUACCAUACACAAUAAUCUUUUUAUAAGUUAUUCUACACAGUCCUCCCAAGCAGCAUAUGAGGUUCUUCAAAUAGAAUGUACAACUACAAUUGACAAUGAUGUUACCUAUGAAUUAAAGACGGGCGACACAGAAAAAAUUGUUCCUGGAGCAAGCCAAUAUGUUAAUGCUUUGUGUACUAGAUUGGUUGAUAAUUUUGAUAUAAGUACAUUAUUAGAUAAAGUUCAUGGAGAUGUUGAGAAUUCAAUAAAAAAACAGAGACCUAUCAAAGUUCAAUGUGGAGUAAACAAGAGGUCAUUGUAUGAUCCUGUCAAAGGUGACACUAAAGAACUUCUAAUUAGGUUAAGAGAUAUUUUACAAAACUAUAAAGAGAACUGUUCUGUAUUUUGAACUAUAAUGAAAUUUCAAGAGAAGCAACAAGAAGAAACUAAUGGUGCUGAAAAAGUGAUAAAUGAAAACAUAAUUAUAGCAAUAACAAGAACAUUUUUAUUUUAUUUUAAGCUUUUCUCCUAUAUUCUAUAAAGAUUACAUAUAUUUACAUUUAAUUUCUCUUUAAUGUGUGCGGUUGGAAGUGAUUUACAAUAUUAACCCACCAGCUGUCUUCAACGCCUUUGGUGAAUUCUCUUAUAAAUCUGUAGUUGAGAAUAAAUAUUUUGUCUUGGUACUCAGGCUGCACCCUAAAAACAAAAGAAUGGUAUCCAAUCACUGCAAAGUUAUGAAUACAUAAAUCAAUGAAAUUUUCACUUUUAAAACAUCAUGCCUAAUGCAUAGAAUUAGAAUUCUACAGAUUACAAUGUCUCACUGCAGUUAUAAAAUGUUAUUAUACAACUUAUUAAUUAAAAAUUGUCAUGAAAUUAUCAUGUUACAUUAUUCAACAUCAAUGUUAGUAAUUAUAUUAUGAACAUCAGAAAGUAUAUCCACAACCACAGUAAUAAAAUGUAAC